GAUAAUGAUGAUGUUGUGUAACCUGAUUUCCUCCUACACAUUCCAGUUUUCUUUGAAUAUACUUGCUCAAUUACAAGAAUGUCUUACUACUGGUUUGACUGUUUUCUGUGCACUUAGCUGAUACAACAUCAAUGUCUGCCACAUCCUGUUGACCGUGAUGUCAGAACGCAAACAGUGUCUGCUUCCUGUUUUGUUUCCUGUUGAUCACAUGUGCAGCCGGAGAACAUGUGUGAUUCUCGGCUUCGUCGCCGAAGUCCUGCUGCUGUGGGUCAUUGUGACCCUCUGCAGAGCUAAUAAUUAAAGCUCUAUGGCAACUCAGUUAUGAGGAACUCAUUAUUUCAAAGCUCAUGAUAAAUUUCCAAGACAUCAUAAUACACCCUCCACCUCCUCACCCUCCGAAGAAGCGUGGAGUUGUGCCAGUGUUGCAAGGUGUCCGCGCACGGACACGCACAGGGUCGAUCCAUAAAAUAGACGAGCGAGCUCGAGGGAAGUUCACUUGUCAACAACCUGCAGCGGAUCUGCAGAGCUUCUUCCACGAUGUGCAGCCAGAGAACACGGGUGAUUCUAGGCGUCGGCGGCGUCAUCAUCACCGUGGCUGUGGUGCUGACACUCCCGCUCAAAGGAACUUUCAUCCGCAGGUGUAAGGGUUUCAAAAAGUACGACUGUGAAAAGUUAUGGUCUGUGUUCCAACAAGCCUACAUAGGCAAGGACCCUUGUAACAUUCCCAUGGAAGCCUACGACCCUCUCAUUACCGAAGCCCCCUUCAGACCAGCAUGCAACAGAAUGAUGUUCUGGAGCAAAACUAAAAACCUGGUUCAGCAUUUCAGUAAGAAGCGCGAAUGGUUCUUCACCCUGGAGAAGACGGUGCUGGGAUCUGUCCUGAGGGCUCUGACAUGGUGCGGGGAGGAGGGCAGCAACAAAACGUUCACGAGCGGCUGCCCCGGUUGGAGGGACUGUGAGAACAACCCCGUGGACUCGUUCUGGAGAAGAGCCUCGGCUGCUUUCGCAGAUGUUGCCUGUGGUGACGUCACAGCGGUGCUAGACGGAUCCAUCGAGACGCCGUUCGACCCCAAGAGUAUCUUUGGCAGCAUCGAACUCAAAAGGUUCAAGUCCCCUAGAGUGAGAAGCCUGAAGAUCGUUCUGGUCUCAAAGAAGAAGGCUGUGUCGAACUGUAUGAGUCAAUCUUUGAAGGAUUUACAGAGAGGGCUGGAUGCAAGAAUUGCAUACAGCUGUACAGAAAUGACUGAAUCUCAGUUCAAUGAGUGCAGCUCUGAUCCAGAGAAAUGCGGCCCCUGCUGGUGAAAAUGUCCAAUGACAAGAUUAAACAAAAACUGCUGUAAAUCUACAGUUUGUUUUCGUCAAUCAAAAUGUGCCUUUUAAUCGAUUAAGUAGAUUUUAGUAGAUAAGUAGA